AUGGACGGAGAGCUAGGGAAUGAGUUGGCUCAAGGUGAUUUGGUGGAGGAGGUGGUGCAUUUCCGUGGUAAGGAGAGUGAGUAUUCCUUGAGACAGCCUGAAGCCUCCAAUGUGGUGCUGGAGCAGUCCGAGGAGGCUGUUCUUGGACACGGUGACUAUCUAAAUAGUUCGUUUGAUGGGAUUUCUGAUAUUUUGGAGGGCAGGACCUCCGGUGCAAACUUAGGCCCGGAGGAUCCUUCUGAGCAGCCGCGUGCAAGGCCUCGAUAUAUGGAUGAUGCAGGGAACAUGGUGGAGGAGUUGAUGGUGAAGAAUUAUGAUGGUGGUUCUAAUUUGGCUAUAGUCGGCACAUCAAACCACAGGGAGAAAAUGGAGUCCAGGUGGGGUCAGUGGCAGCAGCCUUAUCAUCCUGGAGUAAGGUUGGGAAGCGGGUGUUCUCGCAGCAGUGUUUGGCGUAGCGGAGAUAAUCAGGCUGUGAGGCUGUGUGAGAGUGGUCCACAGAAUGCAUCAUCUUCUGAGUUUUUGGGUAAGGGAAUUUCAAAUGUUAUCUCCAACGAGGCUGCCGGACAAUUGGCAGAUGCUGAACACACAGAGGUUAGGGAUAUGGUUUCCCAUGGUGGUAUACGGACAAAGAUUCUGUCAAAGUCGGGGUUUACUGAUUUUUUUAUAAAGAAUACUUUGAAGGGUAAGGGGGUUGUUUUCAGAGGUUCUCCCCAAAAUGUAAUGAGACCUGAGCCAGUAGAUCAGGACAAUGGAAAGACUGCAACUGUUAACUUGAAAACUAGCAGUGCUUCAACGAGUAUGGGUGAGAAACCUGUUGGUGUUGUCAGGCCAAGGAAUAGCGGUAGUGAUGAUGAAGGAGUCAGUUUGAGGGAAUGGCUAAACGUUGGACGCCAUGGGGUAGAUAAAGUUGAAUGCUUGCAUAUCUUUAGGCAGAUUGUGGAUCUGGUUGAUAGCUACCAUUCUCAAGGAGUUGUCUUGUGUCAGUUAAUGCCCUCUUGCUUCAAGUUGUUGUCAUCAAAGCUGGUAAGUUACCUGGGAUCAGUUGACAAAAGAAGUGAUCUAGGGAGUGGAAUGGAUCAAGAUGUGCCUUGGUCAGGUAAUCAUGCAAUUAAAAGGAGGCUAACAGAUCAUGGAAUGUUUUCUUCUGCUGGUUUGCAUGUGAAGAAACAAAAGUUAAGCGAGACCAUGAAGUCUGGUGAUAGGUGGCCUCAGUUCAGCUCGAAAUUUGGCGUCAAACUCAAAACUGGAGAAGUUGGCUUAUCAAGCAAACAUCAGUCCCUUUAUGAGCCUAGUGGAGGCAAUCCAAAUGCAGGAGAUGGAUCUACGAGCAAUCUUAGCUUCCCUCGGCUAUCUAAUGCAGUCCAAAAACAACUGUUAACAAGUGAAACUGACCCAUUGGAAGCGAAGUGGUAUGCGAGUCCUGAGGAGCUGAGUGAAGGAAUAUGCACACUGUCGUCAAAUAUUUAUGCUUUGGGUAUACUGCUGUUUGAGUUGCUUAGUCAUUUUGACUCUGAAGGAGCGCGUGCUAUGGCCAUGUUGGACUUGUGUAACAGAAUCCUUCCUCCUUAUUUUCUGUCCGAGAAUCUGAAGGAAGCUGCAUUUUGUCUUCUGCUACUUCAUCCUGAACCUUUCUCACGUCCAACAACCAGGGAGAUUCUUCAAUCUGAUGUGAUUAAUGGAUUGCCUGAAGCGUCUGUGGAAGAAUUGUCAUGCUCGAUUGAAAAAGAUGAUGCGGAAUCGGAGCUCUUGUCAUAUUUUCUUGCAUCACUGAGAGAGCAUAAGCAGAGUAAUGCCUCCAAGUUAGGGAACGACAUUAGGUGCCUAGAAGCAGAUAUUAAGGAGAUCGAGAAGCGGAAUUGCUUAGAGAGAUCAGCAACACCUGAUCGCUUAGACUUUGACAUCCAUAAUGCAAAGGAACAGACUUCCCAGCUAAAUGACAGUUUAAGUGCUGAAAGAGUCGCUCCAAUGUUAUCAAAUUCUGAUACAAAGGAGAUGAGGUUGAUGAGAAAUAUCAGUCAGCUCGAGAGUGCUUAUUUCUCCACGAGAGGCAAAGUCCAAGUUCCCGAGGCUCAUGCUACAUUACGCCAAGACAAGAGUUUGUUGCGAAACCGUGAAAACUGGCAAUCAGAAAAAGAAGCUGACGAAAAAUAUAACUCAGCUGAUUGCCUUGGGGAAUUCUUCGAUGGUCUAUGCAAAUAUGCUAGAUAUAGUAAGUUUCAAGUCCGUGGAUCAUUAAGAACUGGGGAGUUCAACAAUUCUGCGAAUGUGAUAUUCUCUUUAGGUUUUGACCGGGACAUGGACUACUUCGCUGCUGCUGGAGCUUCCAAAAAAAUUAAGAUAUAUGAAUUUAAUUCUCUCUUCAAUGAUUCUGUUGAUAUUCAUUAUCCGGCUGUUGAAAUGGCAAACAAAUCAAGGCUUAGCUGCAUCUGUUGGAACAGCUACAUUAAGAAUUAUCUGGCUUCAACCGACUAUGACGGUGUGGUGAAGUUAUGGGAUGCAAGCACCGGUCAAGGGGUUUCUCAAUAUAAUGAGCAUCAAAGGAGGGCUUGGUCUGUUGACUUUUCUCCAGUAUGUCCAACAAAAUUGGCUACUGGAAGUGAUGAUUUUACAGCGAAAUUAUGGAGCAUCAAUGAGAAAAAUAGUUUAAGCACGAUCAAGAAUAUCGCCAAUGUCUGCUGUGUUCAGUUCUCCUCUCACUCCACUAAUUUGCUGGCUUUUGGAUCUGCGGAUUUCAGAACCUACUGCUAUGAUAUUCGAAAUGUUAGAAUGCCCUGGUGUAUACUAAAUGGCCACGAGAAAGCAGUGAGCUAUGUAAAAUUUGUGGAUGCAGAGACUAUUGUUACUGCAUCAACUGACAAUUCACUGAAGGUAUGGGAUCUGAAAAGGACCAAUAGCAGUGGCCAAUCCAUGAACGCUUGCAACUUAACUCUUCGAGGGCAUACAAACGAGAAGAAUUUUGUUGGCCUAUCAGCUUCUGAUGGUUACAUCUCAUGUGGUUCCGAAACAAACGAGGUUUAUGCUUACCAUCGAUCUCUACCCAUGCCGAUGGCAUCUCACAAGUUUGGUUCCUUGGAUCCUAUAUCUGGGAAAGAAACAGAUGAUGACAAUGGACAGUUUGUUUCUAGUGUCUGCUGGAGGGGGAACUCAGACAUGGUCUUAGCCGCCAAUUCGAGUGGCGGCAUUAAAGUAUUACAAAUGUCUUAA